CCACCGCCGUGCCUCAGCAAGCGCAAACGUCGUGCUCGCAUUGCGCGCUAUUUCUCGAUGCCCGGUACUCGAAAAACCCUCGAAAAUGCUCACGAAAUUUCGGAACACACGAUUGUACUUGACGCCGCUCUUAGCGAAUGAAAAUCAUUGAACUUCUGAGCGUUACGAAAAUAACCGUUGUAACUAAUUGAAAAACAAAAAAAAAAGCAUUCGAGCAAGACGAAAUCUCAGUUUUAUCAGCAAUUAAUUUUUAUUUUUCGCAUCACCGACGCUACCGUCACGGGAAUUCCGAUGCUGCUACGAGUGCAUCGAGAUAAUUAAUCAGGAGAACGAACUCGACGUACUUAUCGAUUCAAACAAAGUCAUAACUUUUCACGAUUAUAAUAAACUCUGUCCUAAAGAUAAAGAAAAAUUGAGCAACCGACAGAAUAAUCGAUAAACAUUAUUUGCAGUCAAAGGAUUUUCGAAUUUUUUGUUACACCUCAAAGUUGUGUCAACACCGCGUAUUUACAUGGAAAUUUCAAUUAUUUUCUGAGUGCAUCGCGAUCGCAGCAGUAGCGACCAUGAAUUCCAUGAACAAAUUAGUUUUCGUAGUGCAAAAACUGUUAAUUUUUACGAGAGCAGAGUGUCGCGACCAAUCGCAAACAAAAGUUUAUAACAUCGAGAAAAUAAUAAGAAUGGAAAAUUGAAGAAUUUCGCGAAGAACUCGUCAAAAGGCCGAUGGAAAGGUAGAAGAGAAGGGGAAGUUAAGGUUAUGCCGAUCGGAUCUCGUCGGCUGGUACCCCGUGCCACUGGUGUAUCGAUGCUCAGCGUUGAAAAUUCGUGGGCGUCUCAAGUACUCGCGUCAGCGACCACAAAUAUCAAAGACAUGGCACGAUUCCAGCAGCGCCAGCUCGCCGAGAAGGAGCAAAAGUUGUUGCAGCUUUACGAUCAGCAGCAACUUCGAGCUCAUCAGGUAGCCCAAAGAGGUAGUGCGGGAUCUAACGGUUCGAAUGGCUCGGGCCACGGUAACACGAGUCAUCAUCAGACUGUCACGAGAACGAGUACGACCACCCACGCGACCUCCAAUUCUCAAGGCGGCGGUGGAAAGGUGCGUCAAAUGUUUGACGAGAGAAGACAAACCACUGUAAAGGGCAUAGACAAGAGUUAUCCGCUGGAGCCACUGGAGAAUCGUUCCCGCAAGCAUCAAACGACGACGACGACGAGCAACGUCACCGUAAAUUCAACGUCCCAACUGAAAAAUGGUAAUCCUACGAGCAAUCGACGAAGCGUCGUGACUCGAAGGACUGUACGUUCCGAGGCGAAUAGCAACGUUAACGACGGUAAACCCGUUGUCACGUAUCACGAGGAAGUGAGCCGGGAAAUCAGCGAUUUGAACGAUCGUGAUAACGAGCAGGAAGAAUUUGGUGAUGACAACUUUCACGUUUCUCGAUACGAGAAUGGUAAUCGCCGUGUCGAUCGGCCCAAUCAGCUGGAAAUCGAAGACGUUACUAACGAAAACACAAGCCAGAGACACAGAACUACUGCAAAAAUUCACCUGGCGGAAUUCGAACGAUCGAACGUAACUAAUCUCGAAAACGAGCCAUUUCCAAACGACGAAAUCAUCAACAUGCCAGAAAAAUUGCCCGGACGAUCAUCAACCGGAAGAAAAUCUUUCCAGUCGGAGACCAAACUUGAACGACCUAAAAUUUCAAACGUCAAAAAAACCGGCCAACCGAUCAAACAGGUCGCUGGUAACACUACGAGCUUUACGAAAAAACGAAACGACAACAGCGCUCUAUCCGGCUCGUCCACCAGAGCGUCAGCAGUGACGAUAAGGAUGGAGGGAGAAGUUUCGAGGGGACGCUCGACGAGUCCGGAACUCGAAGGAUCUAGAAAGUCCAGAACCUCCUCGCCCGAAGUGUCUGAAAAUAAAGGGAAAUUAACGAACCCCGCAGCAUCUCCGGUCACCAAGAUGUCCGGUGUUACGAGAGUCAGUCAGCUUUCUCAGAACAACUCGACUGACUUUUAUCCGCGAAGAAAAUCAGAAUUCGAAAAAUCGAAAACAUUCAGGAAGUUGCAGCUUGAACUGGGAGAGUCUUCGCCCGAACCGAAUGAACCGGAAGAUCUUCCUCCGAGCGUGUUCAGCACUCAGUGCAGGAAGCGAAGCUCCAUUUUUAAUGAAAAUACUCAUUCAUCCGAGCGCCGUUCGUCCGCUUCGAGUGCAGUUUACGAUAAAUUUUACUCGAAGGAAGGAAAAGCGAGUCCCGAAUCCCAAAGUUCGAAUUACCGAAGAGAAUCGCGGGCGGAAAACGAUGACAGAAACACCGAAAGUUCGAGUUUCGAUUCCGACACUUACUCAUCGAAACGUCGAUCGUUCUCGUCGAGCAGCCCAACGAUCGAUCACGGAUUUUCAAACGGACGGAAGGAGAGCCUGGAAAAAUCAUCGAAACGAGCGGAAUCCCAGACGAGAUUCUCGAGUCCGACUUUUCGGCGAAAAUCAACGUCGAAAAAUGAAGAAAGCAAAACUCUCGACGAAGGAACGAAAACCUCGACCUUUGACUCGAGCACUUAUUCUUCGAAGCAGCAUUCGACGACGUGGAAUCCAACUGGAAAUCGUGAUUUCUCGAAAGAACGAAAAACGAGUCAGGAAAAGUCAGGAUCUCCCGGACAACCCCAGAGUUCAAAUUAUCCAAGAAAAUCGGCAGAGACUAAAGAACGUCGAAAGACUUCAAAAGAGGAAAUUCACAAAACAAGCUUUGACUCGACCACCGAUUACUUGAGACGUCGCUCAUCGUCUUCGAGUCCCUUUGGCGAAAAUGAUUCAUCGCAGAAACGUAGAAAGAGCUACGAGAAGUCGCCGGAACGUCCGGAAUCUCGAGCAGGAUCCACGACCUCAAGCUAUCGAAGAGAUUCUCUGACGAGCCGCGAUGAGCGGAGGACGAAAUCCAACUACGAAUCGAGUACUUUUGCCUCGCGAAUUCGUUCGGGGUCUCCCAUGUUGAUUGUGGACUACGAUCUGUCAGAAGAGCGAUCCGCGAUCUACGAGACGUCGCAAAAUCGUCCAGCCUCUCGAGGGAGAUCUCAAAGCCCGACUCCUCGAGGAGAAUCUAUGAUGGAACGUGAUGAAAAAUUCUACGAAAAUGACUCGAAAAACUUCGCUUCCAGCACUUACUCCUCGAGACAACAUUCGGCCUCUCCGGUCCCGCCGGUCGAGCACGGUUACUCCGAAGAUGAAGAACCGAGUCGUAAAAUAUCAUACGAAGCUCCGAGAUCUCGGGGAGGAUCCGAGAGUCCGACCGGUCGUCGAGAAUCGGUCGUUGAACGUGAUGAAAGAUCGGCUGAACGACGCACGACGAAUUUUGCCUCAAGCACUUAUGCCUCGAGGCAACAUGUCGCGCAUCCAACUUCCCCGGGUGAUGAUCGCCAUCCCGAAGACCGUCGAACGAGCCACUCGAUAUCGCACGAAGCUCCAGGCUCCCGAGAACGAUCUCAAAGCCCAAAUCGUCGGGGAUCGUUAAUCGAACACGACGAACGUUCGACCGGAAACGAUACGAGUUUUGCCUCCUCGACUUUCUCCUCGAGACAACAUGCAGCCUAUCCGGCGUCAACGGCGGAUGAUCCAUACCCGGAAGACCGUCAAACGAGUCACACACUGUCGCACCGCGGCCCGGGGUCCCGAGAACGAUCUCAGAGCCCGGUUUACCCUCGGGAAUCGUUCAUCGAACGCGAUGAACGUUCGACCGGAAAAGAUUUUGCCUCGCCUACUUUCUCCUCGAGGCAACAUGCCGCGUGGCCAAUGGCAUCGGACGAAUAUUCUCAAACCCGCGUAACGAGUCACACGAUGUCACACGAAGCUCGAGACACUCGAGAACGAUCUCAGAGUCCAGCUUACCGGCGAGAAUCGAUCACUGAACAUGACGAAAGGUCGAUUAAAAGAGAGACAGCAAAGUUCGCUUCGGCGAAUUUCUCCACGAGACAGCAUUCGGACUAUACAACUUCGUACGGCGAUGGCAAUCGUUCCGAAGAUCGAAAAACGAGUUACACAAUAUCCCAGGAAGCUCCGCGUUCUCGAGAACGAUCCCAGAGUCCAACUUUUCGGAGGGGAUCAUACGUGAAAGAUCUGGAUGCAGCGGGUGUAGCGAGUGGAGAAGCCGAGACAUCGAGUUACGAAGCAAGUACUUUUUCUUCGAGAUGCCAUUCGACUUUCCAGGCUCCGACGGCGGAUUACGAUUUUCCAAGCCAAGGGAGGGCCGGUCGAGAAAAAUCCCCGGAAGAUAGGAGUCCUCGAAGAGAAUCACAAAGCCCAAUUCAUCGGAGGGAAUCAAUCGUGAAGAGCGACGAUAAAAAGGCAUCGACGUUCGCCUCGAGUGCUUAUUCUUCGAGGCGUCGUUCUUCCUCUUCCAGUCCAAUUCUCGAUUCUGACAUUCCGAAAGAACGAGCACGCGGCCACGAUCGCGAUGACUUGAUUCUCCAAAAUCGUCCUAAAUCCGGAGAGAAUCUCCGAUCUUUCGAGCUAAUAAAAAAGAUCGUUCGUCCUCCGAGCCCAGAUAAAAAGACAAACGCAACAUCAACCAAAAAGGCAUCGACCGAUCGUCGAACGACUCUCGAGGAUAUCGAACUUUCCACGGAAUCUUCGAAACUCCGUGAAACGACGAAACGACCCAAGUCUCCGGUGCACAAAGUUGUGAAAAAAGACAAACCUCCCACGGCAAUGACGAAACGAGAAAAAACGACGAAAACCAGCGAGACGAAUACUCGUGGCUCCGGAUCAAGGACCAUUUCUCCGUCACCUGACACCGCCAUUGCAGGCCCAGCCGCUUUCGAAGUGACGAAAAAUGAGUGCAGGCCUACUGGCAACAAAAAAAUAGAGACAAAAGUCCAACGGAACUCGAAAGAUACAAAUUCGACGAAGGAGAAAGCGAUGAAAAAAGCAAAUUCUGAUGUCAGCCGUCCCGACGAUGGGAAAGAUUCGAGAAGAUCGUCCUCGGAAAUCACUGUGAAACGUCACGAUACUUUCAAAGUCGCCAAACCCAAUGAAAACACCGUAAACGUCUGUCCCGAAGCGAUCGGCAAAGACAAAGAAGAAAAUUUGGCUAAGAAAAGUCGUGAGGAAUUCAAGGACAAAAGUCAGCUCCUCGAAAGGAUCGAGAAGAUACGAAGCACUUUGUCCCGCAGUGGAAGAUCGGAGCAGAAUUUACGAUCGAACGGAUUCGAACGUACGGAUUCGGUCGAAUCAGCGUUGAAGCGGUUCGACUCGAUCGGCGUCGAGACCGAGCAUCACGUGACCGUAGGUGUCGACGAGCCGGACAGAGUCCCGCCGAAGGCAAAGUCGGAGACAUUUUAUUCGACUGACGUGAAAAAAAUACCGGUCACGGAGGAGAUAAUAGUUAAGAAAACCAUCGCGCCGUUGUGCAGACCCGCGAAAACGACGGUCGCGGUUGUCAAGGCUCAGCCGAGACAAACCGAUGCGAAAUCUCUGACUCCUGGGAGAGAAAGAGAAGUUGCUAAAUCGGGGAAAUCUAAGAGAGAAAAAUCUAUGACAACUGUGACUACGCCGCGGAACACCGACAAGAAAAUGGUGUCGAAAUCACACGAGGCUCAGAAAAGAGCCACUUCGAUGGUGAAAAAGUCACGACUCCGCAGCGAAGAGCCCUCGGGACGCGGAGAAGGGCGUCGAAUGGACUCUUCGCCUCUUUGCAAAAGAAAGUUAUUCGAAGAUUCGGAAUCCGAAAUGGAGAGUGAAAAUGUGAGCUCGACGAUUGUCCUGACAGCGACGACGAGAGUGACGAACAACAGUCCGAUCAUAAUGGAAAUCGAGACGAAAAAUAACCGGGAAAGCGUGAGGAAUAGUGCGAAAGGUUCUUUGAAAAUGGAAUCAUCCUUCGGGGAGUCGAAAAUGGAAAACGAACCGGCGAAAAUUUUACGCUCGAUCGAGGAUAUUCGCAAAUCCAUAAAACGCGAGAGUCAGGAUUUCAAACGCGAAUUGAAUAAAUUUAACAAAGCUAUGAGAAGGAAUAGCUCGACAAGGGACAGCCCCGAUUCAAUCCUGACCUCGGGCACCGUAUCUUGCGUACAGAUAACUAAAACAUUCAAAUCCGGCGACCGUCAACCGGUCGUGAAAAUCGAAAAAUCGAUUGUUAAAUUGCCAAUUGCUCAUAGGGUCGCGAAAAGUCAGAGUCCUGAUAUCGGCACCAAACGGUCCGUGGAUACGAGAACGAAAACGACGACGAAUAACCUCGUCAGGAGAAGCGUUCCAUCAUCGCCCGCCAGAAUCGCUGACACCUCCAACAGGUGCGGCUCUAGCGAGCUCAGAGUUUCAGAAGCGAAAUCAUCGAUGAGGACAUUAUCGAGUCCGGGGUCCCGGGAGACAAAAAAUCUAAGAGAAUACUCGAUAACAACGGAAUACACGGACGUCACAGACGGGACGCGAAACGGUUGUGAAACCACCGAAACUGAAAUCAUGCAAACGGCGACAACGAGAAAAAACAGCGAUGCUUUUGUAAGCGAUUUCAACGAUCCCGAGUGCUUGGAGAACAAGAAAAGUGCUUCAAGUCGUGAAGAAUUUUCAGUUGGGAAGCGACCGUCGGAAAGAUCGUUGACAUCGCAACGGCAGUACGGAUCAGCCACGAUCUCGACUUCCUCAAGACCAGCCUCGGCACUCUCGACAACUUCCAGCGCAACUUCCACCCGCGGCCAAAGCCCGCAGAUUAAUUCAAAGAGCAAAAUGUCAACGAAAGCUAAAUCACCAUCCUCCGAUGGAGCCAGGGGACCGAACUCUAAUCCGAGGACCGCUCCGCCAGCCACGGAUGCAAACGACGGACUCGUAUCCUGCAAAAUUUGCUCGCGUCGUUUCAACUCCGACCGCGUUGCUCGUCACGAGCAAAUCUGCUCGAAAACGACGACGAAAAAGCGCAAGCAAUUCGACGCGACGUCUCAUCGUGUCAAGGGCACGGAAUUGGAACAAUUCGUUAAAAAAGGCGCCUCCAGAAAGUCCCAAGCUGACAGAAAAGCUCAGAAGCCCGAGGUGAAGUCAAACUGGCGUCGGAAGCACGACGAUUUCAUAAACGCCAUAAGAUCAGCGAAGCAAGUUUCAGCGCAUUUGGCAGCGGGUGGAAAAUUGAGCGAUUUGCCACCGCCGCCGCCGAGCGACACGAGCGAUUACGUUCAGUGUCCCCACUGCGGCCGGAAAUUCAAUCAAGGUGCUGCCGAUCGUCAUAUUCCAAAAUGUCAGACGAUGAUGCACAACAAGCCAAAUUCUCGCGCCCCUCCCAAGCCCAAACGCUAAAUUCAAUCGCUUCAUUUCUUUUCAUUUCCCAAACAAAUUCCCUUAUAAAUUUCAUUCGAGCUCCGCUUCGAGAGGCAGAAAAACAGAACCGAGAACAUCGCGAGCAAAAAAAAUGCUCGACGAAAUCCUCAUUUUCGAAAUAUCCUCCCUUGACACUCACGCCAUUUUGAAUGGUUAACCCUCGCUAUUGAAAUUCUUUGAUUUCAUUCCUCUUCUCGCAAAUGUGAUUUUUUUCCUUAUCCUAUUAUUAUGAAAAACUUUAAACUAAAUACGUCGACGUACAGACUCUACCAAGCAUCAUUUAUACUCUAAAUAUAUUUUAAAAUAUACAAAUAUAUAACAUGCAUACUAAAAUUAAUAAAUAUAUAUUAUUCACGUGUAAUAACGUAGUCAGAUUUAACGCAUUUAUUCACUUCGUACUAAUGUAAAUAUAAUUCCGAAGCAUUCGAUGGGAUGCGAGUAUAUAUAUGCUGUGAAGGAUAGCCGAGCAAUCCCUUAAGGAGCAUAAAAAAUGGGUAUUUUUCGAAACAUUUUUUAGAGGUCAAAGAAUAAUCUGAUCAUUUUGAAAUUUCGACAUGAGUUCGUUAUAACGGUCAAUUUAAAAAAAAAAAAAUUUAUUCCGGAUGACUAACUUCGAACCCCUGUAUUCGCGACAUCGAAAACUGCUACACUUGCCACUCUUUUUCUGUUGAUCUGAAAAUAAUUUAACAAGUGUCAUUCGUUUACUGACAUUUUAAGGGGAAGGAUGUACCUGAAAAAUGAUGAUAAAAUGAAAAAUUGAAUAUUUGGGAGCCCUUUUACUUGAAAGUUCCAAUUUUCGACCAUUUUCUCGACAUAUUUGACCGGAAAAAGUGAUUUAUUUACCUGAUAUACCUUUUAAAAUUUAGGUAUAUCUUUUGGAAUAUUACGGAGAGUAACCUCUCAAAAUUUCAUCCAGAUCGGUCGACAACUUUUUGAUCUACAACACGAGCAGUUUUUGAAAAAGUAGCUCCGAGAUAAUCGUACUUUAAGUUUCAACGUGUGAAAAGUAUUUUCAGUUUUCCUUUGGUCAGUAUAUUCUUUGAGUAUCGUACUUUCAAAAUAUGUCAAAAAAAUCGAUUUUUUCAAAAUUCUAAAGGGAUUUCUCGCCUUAAUGUGCUUAAAGUCGUUCGUUCAAUAACGAGCGACUUUAAUAUGAAACGAGAUUAUUUUUCCUUCGUAAAUUUUCAAAUGUUUCGUUUUAAUAAAGCUUUUAUCAUGUA